AUGGGGGUGAAGAUAGAGGUGUUUCGUAUGAUGCUGUAUCUGUCCUUCCCUGUGACCAUGUUCUGGAUCUCCAACCAAGCAGAGUAUUUUGAAGAAUAUAUUGUGAAGAGGAAGAGGGAGAUUUUCCCACCUGAUGAGAAGAUGCAUAGGAAAGAGCUGGAAGACUUCAAAGAGCGGAUGCGAGACCGGAAGGAGCGCCUUUGA